AUGACUGGAGCAUCAAUAGGUUUUGUUAAGUUAUUUGAAAAGCAUGUUGGACAUCCAAUAAUUGGAUUUCACUGCAUCAUACACCAGCAAAUGUUGUGUUCCAAAGUCGGCACAAGUGAUUUAAAAGAAUUGUCAGAACAAGUUAAUAAAAUUAUUAAUUUUAUAGUUGCUCGUGAUAUGCAUAAAAGACAAUUUAAAAAAAUUUUAAAUGAUGUUAACUGUGAAUAUGAUACUCUUUUAUUGUGCAAUAAUGUACGCUGGCUAAGCCGGGCUACAUCAUUAGAACGAUUUGUAAAUUGUUUGGACGAAAUUCGCCUAUUUUUACAUGAUAAUAAGACUGAAUUUAAAGAACUUUAUAAUACAGAGUGGCUUGUAAAAUUGAUGUUUUUCACAGAUCUAACAUUACAUUUGAACACUUUGAAUAAAAAGUUACAAGGACGCGGUAAAACAAUUGAAGUCAUGUUUGGAUUAAUAAAAGGUUUUGAAAUGAAAAUAGAUAUGUUUAUUAACGAUGUCAAAUCUGGAAAAUUUCUAUACUUUCCAAAAGUGAAAAAAAUGUUAGGUGAAGUGGACAUUUUUGAACAAAGCAAUUGGGAUUUUACCAAUGAAUUUUCAAAUAUUGUUGGUUUGAUUAAAAUACAGUUUUCACAAAGGUUUCAUGAUUUUAAGAAAAUUGAAAAAUUAAUAAAAAUUAUUAAUUAUCCCGAUUUAUUCGAUGUGCAAGAUUUUAAUGAAUACUAUCUUAAUUGGAUGGAAUUAGAAAAUUUAGAAAUGCAGUUAAUCGAUUUGCAAACUAAUCCAAUUUGGACAAAUAAAUUUGUGAAUAUGCGAAAGCGUAUCGAAGAAUUGGAACGUCAUCGAAUACACAACGAAGAAACAGAUUGCGGCGUUGACAACAUAAUAUUAGAAGUAUGGAAUAAUAUUCCAGAAAAUUUUUCUUCUGUCAAAAAAUUAGCAAUUUCAUUGUUAACAAUUUUUUCUUCAACAUAUGCUUGCUAA